CAUGGCAGACGUGUAUUAAAACUGCGCAGACACCGAAUGCAAAAGAAUACAGAAAUGUGGAGAUUGUUGUUUUUAGUUUGUGUGACAGGUGUGUUUGGUCCAGAUGAAGUGAAGUCAGUGUCAGUGAUGGAGGGAGAUUCUGUUACUCUAAAUAUUACUGAAACACUGACAGAUCAGCAGAUAGUGUGGCUGUUUGGACCUCAGGAGACUCGUAUAGCUGAAAUCCAUAAGAAAAGCAUUGAUAUGUAUAACAGUAAUGAGAUAUUUGGAGACAGACUGAAGCUGGACAGUCAGACUGGAUCUCUCACCAUCACAAACAUCAAAAUCACAGACACUGGACUUUAUAAACUACAGAUCAUGAGUAACAGAGGAAAUUUACAAAAAAGCUUCAGGGUUUCUGUCUAUGCACCUCUACCCGUUCCUGUCAUCAACCGUUAUUGUCCACAAAAUCCUCCAUCAUCAAAAAAAUCAUCAAGCUUAAAAUGUAUAUUGUUGUGUUCAGUGUUGAAUGUGAGAGAUGUAAGUCUCUCCUGGUACAAAGAAAACCAUUCAUCCCUUAGCACCAGUGCGUCUGAUCUCAUAAGCAAAAUCUCUCUACAUCUGGAUGUGGAAUAUCAGGAUACAAACACAUACAGCUGUGUAGUGAACAAUGCCAUCACAAAGCAAGCUCAACAUCUCAACAUGAAUGAUGUCUGUCAGCCGUGUUCAGACUUUGGACGAAGUUUCAGUUUUACUGAAGUUGUGGUCCAGUUGGUCCUCUCAGCUUUGGUGGUUGUGGCCAUUGUUGCUAUAGUGGUUUAUGACAUCAGAUCCAGAAGAGUUGAAGCAGAGAGAUCAGACAUCACGCUCAGACCCUGUGUGUUUGGUGUUGAUGGAGAUGAAAUGAAGUCAGUGUCAGUGAUGGAGGGAGAUUCUGUUACUCUACACACUGAUAUUACUGAAAUACUAAAUAAUCAUCAGAUACUCUGGAUGUAUGGAUCUCAGGGCAUUCACAUCGCUCAAAUCAUUAAAUGGGCCAAUCUGAGCUCAAUAUAUGAUAAUGAUGAGAGAUUCAGAGACAGACUGAAGCUGGACAGUCAGACUGGAUCUCUCACCAUCACAAACAUUAGAAUCACAAACUCUGGACUUUAUAAACUAACCAUCAGCAACUACAAAGAUGCUUCAUACAAGAGAUUCAAUGUUACUGUCUAUGAAAAAGUCCCAGAAAAAGAAAAAGUCCCAGAAAAAGAAGAAGGCCCUACAGAAAAUCCUACUGCAGUUUAUGAAUAUGUUUAUGAAGACUACACUCCUUGUUGCAGUUUAACUGAAACUGUGAGCCGAUUGGCCAUCUCUGCUGUGGUGGGCGUGGCUACUCUGACUGUAGUGAUUUUUGAACUCAGUUCAUAGACACCAGAGGGCGAUAGUAAUGUCUGUUUGUGGACACCUAAAGGUUUUUCUGUGGUUUUAUGUGGUGAUGUGUCAAUUUGCAACACAUGCAUUUCAAAAUAAAGUU